AUGUACUACAAGGAUGUGCUGACUCGAUUUCUACUCGAAUUCUUCUACCCCCACGAUUCGGAACGCGAAUGCAUUCGUGGCAUCCUAUGGGUCGUCCAGAGUAUCGACCUCUGGCGAGUCAGCCGGUCACUUGAUGACACCAUGAAGUACAGCGAUCGCCACCUCGCUGGCCUCUCCGCAGGCCCCCCCGACCGCGUCGAACUCAUCGGCGCGGGCUCUCUCGGCUACGGGACCGGCCCCAGCUUCGGCUGA